UUGGACAGGGUUCAACCUACUGGACGCAAGGAGCUUGUAGGUGGUGCACCAACGCGGCACCUUGCAAUGGAAUGAAUCAGUUCUCCCAACGGUGCAGGAUUGCAAAAGCAAUAUUUAAAUUUUUUUCCACCUUUUUCUCGGGGCUCUGCAUAUUUUUUUUUUUAUCCUGGUGCAAUGGGGACGAGCUACUACGUUGAUGCGCGCAUUCUUUCAGACCAAGAAGAAAUGGCACCGAUGAGAUACUCAUCCUCUGCAGGGAUGGAGCAGGCGGCGCACAUCGAAUAUGGCGGACAUGAGCCGAAAUCUUCUAUUUUCGGGGGAUCCUGGAGCACCAUCGCGGCGCACCCGCCGAACGCAUACAUACAUCACCAAUACAGCGGAGACGCGGAUGGCAUGUUUGCGCGCUCUUGGGCGUUGGACCCGGUCUCUGCGUCUCUGUGUUUGACGGGAAUCCCGUCUGCAACCUCGCACUACGAAAUAAAGCCCGAACCGCUGCUCGGGGGUGCGGAAUGCACGACUCUGGAGACGGACGCAUCGCUUUUGUCUGACAUUGAAAACGGAGCUUCCCUCACAGAGAUUCCCUGUGAAACAUCCCCCACAUCUGCAGCAAGCGACGACAAGCAGACGGACGAGAAAAAGGAGGAGGCCGAUGCAAACAACCCGUCGUCCAACUGGCUGCACGCAAAGCCCACCAGGAAAAAGCGCUGCCCCUACACCAAGCACCAAAUCCUGGAACUGGAGAAAGAGUUUCUUUUCAACAUGUACCUUCCCCGAGAGCGCAGGUACGAAGUGGCGAGAGUCCUGAAUCUGACCGAGAGACAGGUGAAAAUCUGGUUCCAGAACCGCAGGAUGAAGAUGAAGAAGGAAAACCGAGACAGAAGGAAAGACAGCUAAUGCCUCUUUGCAUUUAAACCUUUUGGAGGGG